AUGGGCAGCCAUGCGUCGCGAGUCCUCCCGAACCUUCUGCCCGAGAGCGCAAAGGGACCGCGACUAGUUCGCACCAAGCACCACAACACACGCCGAAAGGACGCCGUGUGGCAGUCGAGCAUCCUCGCCUCGCUUUUUUGCGUCGAGCCACCGCUGCAGCUCUCGGGCAUGUCGCUCGACGUCGUGCUACUCCCAGCGAUGAUCGCGCCGGGGCUGGACCGCCUCCUCGUCUACGACGGAGCGAUAUCGGCUACCGUUCUCGGUGUUGGCGACGUUGCUUUUCACGUUCAACCGAUCGUGCGUCGCGCGGCCGCAACCUCAAAUGUUGAAGACGCGCAGUCGCUCGUUCAGUUUCUCCACGAUCAAAAGGAUGUGCGGCGCUUUGUGACGGACGAGGUACUCAUUAGCUGCGUCCGAGACACGCGAUCGCACAAUCCCCACGAAGACAACUUGUACAUCCUCCGGUUUUUGAUUCCAAAGGGCAACCACCUGGACGUCGUCGCCAAGUCGGUGCUUGCAACCAACAUCUCCGUGCACGGCAAGGUCCGCGCGCUCACCGUCUCGGUCGAUGCGACGUCGGCGCCAGCAGCCAUGGCGACCAUGGCCAAGUGGCGACCGGUUGCCUCGGUUGAAAGCUUUGACCGGUCGAGUCGAGACGAGCGCGUCGCGAUCAGCGAAGACUGUGUGCGCAUCCUGCGCGCGAGUCCAUUUUUCGCAGACAUUUCAACCCGCGACCUGACGCAGCUCGCGGAUCUCGGCACAAUUUCCAUCGUUGAUGCCAACGUGCGUCUCAUGGCCGAAGGCGAAAUCGGUGGACGAGAAAUGUCCAUUCUACUGGCAGGAACCAUCGCGGUUCAAAAAACAGACCCGGUACAAGGAACGAUGCGGACCGUCACCGUGCUUCAGAGCGGGUCGUGCAUUGGCGAAACCUCGUUCCUGGUCCACAUGCCGCGUACGGCGACGCUCGUUACCCAAGCGGCGUGCAUGCUCCUUAGCCUCGACGGCAGCAACUUUCUGCGCUUUCUCCAGCACUUUCCUCAAGUCCACCGGAAAUUGCAAGGCAUGCUCUGCGAACGUUUUGUGCACAACAUUGCGGCGCAAGGCAGCGUGCCGUUCUUUCGUGCGAUUCCGCUCGACCGUCUCGUCGCGUGGGCCCAGCACUGCUACAUUGAAGACGAUGUGCCCGCGCACCAAAGCGUGCUACCAAUUGUUGGCAAGCCCAAGUUUAGCAUACUCCUUUCAGGCAGCGUCGAGCAUCUCCAAAGCGGGACGCAAAAGUCACUUGUCUCGACAACAGGGUACUUCGGCUCGUUUGGGCACGUGCCGUUGCCACCAACGGGCCCCUGGGGCAGCGAAGCAAGCACGGCAACACCAUGCGUCUUUCUCUCGUGCGACCACGCCGCGACGGACAUGGUCUUUGAUCGCGCGGCGGUCGCCGCGAUUCAGCUGCGACUGAGUCGACAGAAUGUCGACGUGAUGCCGCUGCUUAACCUCCCGGACGCACGCAAGGCGAUUCUGGAGUUUGCCGGCGCCGAGUUUAGCACGGAAAACAUUGACUUCAUGCUCGCCGUGCAGCAGUUCAAGCUCUCGCCGUCGCUCGAGCGCGCAUUGAGCAUCUGCAACGAGUUCGUUGAUACUCGCGCGGCGCAGCAAGUCAAUAUCGAAGCCAAGAUGCGCGAAGACAUUAUUGUGUCGCUCGCGACGCAUAAAAGCGGCCGACCGUUGUCGUCACCGGCCCUUCUCGCACCUUCUGGGGCGAUCGCGUCGCUGUUCGAUGGCGCGUUCGACGAGAUUUUGCGGCUCGUGCGCAAGGACACUUUGCCGCGCUUCAAGAAGACGCCGCUGUUCGCAGCCUUGCUCGCGGCGUACCCACUCUUCGAGCACGCCGUUCCAAGCUCGCCGUCGCCACCAGAUUUGAACCCCAUAAAACCCGAAGACAAUCACGUCCACCGCCGAUUUGCGACCAUUUUGAGUCAAGUGCGCGACGAUCCACGCAGGCGUCGACGCCUGCGGUCCGUCUCCCGCCGACCGUUGUUGCUUGAGCCGCUAUUUACUGCCAUCGCCCCCCGUAUGCCCCGGACACCUCGGUGA